UAUUGAUGUUUAGUACAAUUCAAAAUGUCAGCUCCCAUGGAUGGAAAAUCAACAAAUAUUCCUGCAGUCCCUUCUCAUCACAUUCGCCUAAACCUGUGUGCAACUCGACCAUUAUAUAGAGAAGGAAGAAACCCUAAAGCUGUAAAAGUUUAUACAGUAAACCAAGAGUCGCAGUACUUGAUGAUUCAGGAUGUUCCAGCUUUGGGUACUACACAAGAAUUAAUUAAGCUUUGUGCAGUUCAUGGUACUGUUGAGGAGUAUCGGUUAUUAGAUGAAUUCCCAACUGUUGACAGAUAUACUGAUGUAGUUUUGGUAAAGUUCAAACGAAUACUGUCUGCAAGACAUGCCAAGAAGAAAUUAGAUAACUGGUCAUUUUUUGGAGGUGUACUCCAUGUUACUUAUGCUCCUGAAUAUGAAAGUGUGGAAGAAACAAGAGAAAAAUUGCAGGAUAGACGCAAAGGAAUUGCAGCUAGACUAAGAAUUCUUGGUAAAGACCAAUCUAGAAGAGGGAAGACAUCUGAAGGUCACAUUGAGAAUGAUAGUAAACAAACACAUAAAGUUUCAGGGAGGAUUGAAAGUAGAAUUCCAGCUUUACCAAGUUAUCAAAACAACCACAGCUUCAGCAAAAAUCAUGUUUCAACAGAUAACUCUCAGGAUAACAUUAAUAACAAAAUGGCACAUAUAACAAAUUUUUCUGGUAACCAUGGCAACAAUGCAGAUUAUUCAACACAUCAAAAUGGUCAACCUUAUUCAUAUAGAAAUCAGUUAGUUUCUACUGAGAAAAAUGACAAUCUUCAUCAAACACUUUCUCAUCAAACACAUGUGAUCCCACCCCCACCGCCAGUGAUAGAACCUCCACCAUGGAGUCAACAAACACAUGUGAUCCCACCCCCACCGCCAGUGAUAGAACCUCCACCAUGGAGUCAACAAACACAUGUGAUCCCACCACCACCGCCAGUGAUAGAACCUCCACCAUGGAGUCAACAAACACAUGUGAUCCCACCACCACCGCCAGUGAUAGAACCUCCACCAUGGAGUCAACAAACACAUGUGAUCCCACCACCACCGCCAGUGAUAGAACCUCCACCAUGGAGUCAACAAACUCUAGUUAUCCCACCACCACCAGUACGAGAAGCUUUUCCAAAUUAUUCAAAAAUAAACCAACAUAAAACAACGUUUGAUUUUGCUAGAGUUCCAACUGCUAAUGCACCAUUCCCUCCAGAUUAUGACGGAAGAAAGUUUCCACAAAAUAUUGCUGCUAAAGAAACAAAAACUCAAUUUCAUGAUGAUGAUCCCAAAGGUGAUUUUAUUAAACUAAAUUCUGCUGGCUCAAACAAACAGUCUUCUCAGGGAAACUUAUCACAUCCAAAGUACAAUAAAAUCUUAGAUAAAACGGGAGCCAAACGAGAAAAAAUUAUUAUCAAGGACUUUAAAAAGUGUGGUGCAACGCCUAAAUUUAUACCUCGACAGACAUUGAAUUUAUUAAAGGCAAAAUCAGAAUAUGGGGAAAUAAAAGCAUCACACAAGGAUAAUCUGGAAAUAGAAUUGAGGAAAAAUGCAGUAGUUUUAGGUAGUACACAGGGACCUGCAGUAGUUCCAGAGGAAUUCAAGAAGAAAGAAAAAUCCAGCACAGAAAAAGCUGUAGAACACACUGUCAAAGAAAUAAGGAAAAGGGUAUCCAUGUUCUCUGAACAAGAAGAUUCGACUUCAAGAAAAAGACCAAAACCUCCAUGAACAGACAAGUGCCUAUAUGAUUGUUAUUGUAAUGUUUAACUUUGCUAUAUUUAUUGUAUUAAAAAAUAAAAACAA